AUGACACAGCCUCGACUACUACUCCUGCUUUUUGCAGCUCUGUGCUGCUUGGUCUCUGGUUAUACCCCUGUACCUCCCAAAGUCUCUCCUGCGACAGGCCUUGCCAACAAUCUGUACAAUUGGAAGCAAGAUCAACAGAUCCGUUAUCAAGUCGAUGGUCCCAAAGAUGGCCCACCAGUGGUACUCGUUCAUGGUCUCUUUGUGAACAGUGAUCAUUGGCGUAAAACCCUCAAGGAUUUGGCGCAGGAGGGAUAUCGAGCGUAUGCAUUGGACUUGUGGGGCUGUGGCUACAGCAGCAAACCGCCCGCAUUGUCCCCCGAGGCUCAAGCCGUCAAUGGCGAGUUGCGACGAUUCGAAGAAGAGUUGGCCGAAGGAGCCGCCUUGUUGGAUGCCAUUCUACCACAAGCGUCGUUGGGCAGUGCCUGUGGCACCAAGACCCGCACGGCCGAUAUUGAAUUGCGACACCCCUGCAAGAGUCCCUACAAUUUCUACACUUGGAGUGAUUUGAUUACCGAUUUUACACAACAAAUUGUCAAUGAAGAACAAAACAAAGACAAGGAUCGACCCGUGACCAUUGUCUGCAACUCCAUUGGAACCAUUUCCUCUUUGCAGGCCGUUUUGGAUAACCCCGAUCUCUACAAGGGUGUUUUCGUCAUUGCCCCCAAUUUCCGAGAGCUUCACAGUGCCGAAGUCGCCAUGCCACAACUCUUCAUGCCAUUGAUUAAACAGGUGCAGAGUUUGCUACGCAAUCGGGGACAACCGCUCUUUGAUGCAUUGGCCAAACCGGACACGGUCAAACAAAUCUUGAUGGAACCGUACAAGGUUCAGUCGGCGGUCGAUGAUACGUUGGUGCAAGUAUUGUUGGACCCACUCUUGACACCGGGAGCCAGUGAUGUUGUAUUUGAUACUCUCAGUUACAGUGCCGGGCCCUUGCCAGAAGUUCAAUUGUCUCUCUUUCCCAAGGAUAAACCAGUUUGGGUCUGCUACGGAAAGGAUGAUCCUUGGACACCUGGGGGUCGUGUGGAAGCGCUCAAAAAGAUUUCACCCGUGGUACAGGUUGUGGAAGCAUUUGAGGGAGUGGGACACUGUCCACAUGAUGAAGCUCCAGAACUGGUCAAUCCGCUUCUGUUCAAAUUCUUGAAGCAAGUGAAUGGUGUUGUUACCCCUUCAGAAACCACCACCGCCAAGUAG